CAAGUGGUAAGCAAUGUCCAAUGAAUUUAGAGAGAGAGAGAAAGACUGCUGUAUAUUUUAUUUCAUAUUUGAAAUUUUGUCAGUUAUUGUCGCUAUAAUUAUAUUCAACUAGAAUUAAAAAUGAAUACAGAUGAUGCUGAAUAUAUUUUAUCCCACAUGAGAGGUUUUCCCCAAUUCCAAAUAUCCAAGGAAGAUAUUCUUCGUCCCACCCCGGAAAUAGUUUUCAGAUUCUAUUCCAAGUUCAUUUCGGAAUUUCAUGAGAGAGCUACAUUCAUUGCUGGUACAUCUCUAAACUUGCUCGAUACAGAUUCUGAAUCAGGGGACCCAGAAGAACGCUUGUUCCAAAAAAUGUCACAAAUGUCAACACUUUUUGAGAAAGCUGGCAUGAAAUUUUUGCAUGGAGACAUUUAUGAGCCAACAGUUGUAAGAACUAAAAACCUAUUCAAAAUUUGUAUACACUUCCUCUCCUUCGUAGAACAAAUUUUAGAAGAAACUGAAAGGCUAGGAUCAGAUAUUUGCAAAAAGAAAGGAGACAGCGUCAGGAUGGAAGAAGACCAUCAAAAUCUCAUGAGUAAUAUUAAUGAAGCAGCAACCAAAAAAGCAGAGUUGCUUGAGAGUGUCAAUAAACUGAAUGAUGAUCUGAAAUGUAUUACAAGUUUGCAAGAAGAGUAUAUGGAGUUCAAAGCCAAAAAAGAUAAAAGUAAUGAUGAUAAGAGAAAGCAAAUUGAGAUGAUGAAGAGGGAGCUGCAAAAGGAGGAAUAUGAUUUUGAAAGAUUGGAAUUACAAGAAAAAAAAUUUAUUGAACAAACCAUCACCGAAAGUGAACACAAGACGCUUUUACAAAUGUUAGACAACCUUGAGAAUGAAAUCAAAUCUCUUAGUAAUGAUGAUGUGAAUAUGGCUGACAUCUUAUUACAUGAAAACAGCAUAUUAGAACAUUAUCAAGCGUGCAUUAAAAGAUUACCAGACGUGUCUGAAUUCAAUGUUGAGGUUGUGAAAAAUUUUAUUACCAAUGAAGAACUAUUGAACGACUUGGAAGUAAAUACUGAAAAACUUCGUGACACAAAAUUGACUACUGUUAGUCAGUCCAAAUUUCAGAAAGACAAACUUCUGAAAGAAACUGAGUAUUUGCUUUCAAAAAGGCAAGUUGAAUAUGAAAGUUGUAAGAUGGUCUUCCUCAAAAAUAUAGAGGAACUCUUAUUGCAGGUGAAGCAAUUUAAAGAAGAAUUAGAAGCGAAAUAUCAAAAAAGUAUCAAGAGUAUUUCAUCUUACAUGAACAACAUUGAGAAAUUGAAAAGUGAUCUAGAGAAAAUUCGAAAUAGUUUUUGUGACGAGUACAUAAAAUUUUGUAAAGCUGAAAAGUCUGCUACAGAUAUGUUCACUAAACAUUUGCAAAUUCUUCAAACCAUGGAUGAAGAUGGAAAGAGCAUUGAUAGUGUAGAAGAAUUGUAGGUAAAUGAAAUAACAUUUUUCCUCAAAUCAAUGCCAAUAGUGAUAUAGUGGACUAAGGACAGGAACUUUGCUGGCAGUAUUGAAAAUUCAACAAAAUAUUCAGAAGAUUGUAAAAAUGUAUUAUAGGUAUACUAGCUGUAAGAAAUCAAGUUGUUAUAGUUAGUCAAUAAUUAGACACAAAAAUUAUUUUUUAUGCAAAAUUAAGGAAUUUUAUUUCCGAGUUUUGUUCUGAGAAUAAAAAUGUUAUUUAUUUA